AUGAGCUUGCGGGGUAUUUGGGUGUUUUCUAGUCUUGAGAAAGCUGCAGAAUGCGUUAUCUUUUCAAGGUAGCCAAAGUUGUGCUUUGAUAAAAGUAUAAUAGUUUUAGUUUUAUUAGUGGUCAAAAUUUUUUAACGCAGCGACCAGCACUAAGAACAGCGCAGAAGAAGCAUAGAUUAAGAAAAAAAACUCCCCUUAAGCGUACUCUGUUAGCUUUAUUUGUGACUGGUUUUCCUUCGUUUUCACCUGGUGUAGCAGGGCGUUACAAAUCGAUAGAAAUCGAUCAUCGAAAACUAAUCGAUUACUCGAUAUUACUCGAUAAUACUCGAUAAUUGUUAAUCGAUUAGCUAAAAUAAUCGAUAGAAAUCGAUAAUCACAAGACUUAGACCGAGAUUAUCGAUUUUAUCGAUUUAUCCGGUCGAUUGAGGACAUUGAAAAAAAAAUUAUAUCAAGUCAAUUUAGAAUCAAGGAACUUUUUUCUUUCUUACCGAAAACUGAACGUCAAAACCUCUUCCAGUCUUGGCGAUAAUCUGUGAUAACCAGAUAACUCAUUCGCAUUUGAAGCAAUUUUUCUGAGUUUUUAGACUCGUAGCUCGGACGAAAACGACAGCACACUGUGUAAGCGGCGUAAGAACACCAGUGGAAUUGUUUACGCUGGUAAACGUGGCGUACUGCUACAACAAAAACCAUGUUGAAUUGAGUCAAUCUUGGAAUGAAUUUCAUUUCUGCAUAAGCUGAAUGUUGCUUUCUGUGCGUUCUAUGGCUGAUAUUUAACAUAAAUCGGCUUUGGUGAGUUAAUCAGCGGAUAAACAUAGCUUGCUUAUACUAUUACGAUGAGAGAAAAGAGAAACUUCUCCAGAUCCUUUCUCACCUAUUGUUUCUCUUGGAAAUUGUUGGAGCAUAUUUGCAAUGCAUUCUUUUCGUACAAAUUGUAACUUUUAUUCUCGCGGUCUAUUGCCUUUUGUUGUGUCAUUCAUGUGUAAUGACCUUUUUUGCUCACUUGAUUCAUUUACGUCGCGUGUGGAUGGAGGUGUUAUCUUCUUGGCUGUUCGCUCAAGUUAAUUUACAACAAAUACUUGGUGAAACAGUUGUUACUUAUUAGCGACCUUUAGAUUUGACUACGAGUACGAAAUUGAGUGCAGUACGACUUUGGAAUUUCGAUAUAAUUGUAUCCCCGAACUAUAACUCUUUCCUGUUGCUGACUAACACACAAAUAAACGUUAGGGAUAAUAUUGGUGUGAUAAGUAGUUAUAUGAUGCGGAUUAAUUUGGUUUGAAAACUCGUACGUACUCAAUCUCGCACUCGUAGUCCAAUCUAAAGGUCUCUAUUUACUCGCUCACGCCGUAACAAAGUUGGUUUACCUAAAACUGAACGAGCAUCGUUUUUGUUUUUUUUUCUCUCGUUAUCGUUGAGCAUGUUUCAAUUUUUGAGUCUAGCGACAAGUGCAUUAUUAUUACAGUUUUAAAAACCUUUGUAGUUUGUUUACAGUACAUUAAGGCUGAUUAAAGGUAUUUUAUAUUAUCGACUCAAGGUGUGGGAUAAAGAAAGCGUAUGUGUUAACUCCAGAGUACAGUACGUUGAAGCCACCGACAAACCGCAUGCGGUUUAAGACCGCUAGGGUUAACUUUACGCCUCGUCCGUCCUUAACUGCCUAUACCGGUCUUUUAACUGCUUUCAGUCUUUUAUCGUCGUUUCCUUGACAGGAAAUAUCAAGAACGGGUACUAUUUCCCGUUUUUUGGCCUUACGAUAUCCAUUUGCCUUUUGUUCCUUGCUUUUAAGCUCUGUCUUCUUCUUUGUCUGAGUUCCAUUGACGAAAUCGAUAUUUUUGAUAGAAAUCGAUAGAAAUCGAUUAAAAUCGAACUAUAAUUACAGAAAUCGAUAAAAUCGAUCAAAAUCGAUAAUCACAAAAACCUCCGCUAUCGAUUUCUAUCGAUUUUCGAUAUUAAUCAAGUAAUUAGUAUCGAAAAUUAUCGAUUACAAUCGAUUUUAUCGAGUAUCGAAAUUAUCGAUUUGUAACGCCCCGGGUGUAGACAACAUUAUGAUGAAAACAGGAAACAAACACAUCAAUUUCAAGACAGCUUAAUCUUAUUCAUUGUCACAUGAAUGAUUAAGCAACAGGCGUCACUUCAUUAGUAUUAUGACUAGAGGCUUAGAGCCACUCCUAUACAUGCAUGUGUAUUCAUGCUUUAGUUCAUGGGUCCUUGAGGUUACUGUUGUAGUCUUUAGACUUUGUUCUGUACCCAUAAGGGAGUGAAUGGUAGCACACUUCAGGCUGUGACGUUGGAUCAUAAUUAUAAUUUUGAGUUUUUUGACCAUACUGUUAUAUCUUUCAUUCAAUUUAUUGGCAAACACAUCUUUUGUCGGCUAAACUUCAGAAAAACCUGCCCACUUAUUUUGAAGAAGAAAAUAGUCUCUUGUGUCACAUAGGGGUGCCCUGUCUUUUUGCUGCAAAGUCAUUCUGCUACAUUGUGAAGUCAAUUUGCUGCAAAAUAUUUUUUGAUUCAAUGUAUCACAAAACUGAUUCCUGUUUUCAUAGAUGAGUAGCUUCAAGACAUAUUUUCAUUGAGCCCAUUGCGUUCACUCUACAUUCUUCCUUGUUCUGCGUACUCGUAAAGCUUCUUCACCUUGAAGCCAGGUUUCUAUCAUUGCACAUCACUUAGGUUAGUUUUUGCGAGUAAGUUGAAACCAAUCCAGCACAAGAAUGAUCAACAAGAAGGGAAGAAAGUAGCCCAAAAGUACUCUAUUUAUGUCUGUUUUUAUUUCUCUAUAGUAUCAUAGAAUGUAGCUCUCACUCCCUAUAUUCUCACUUCUCUCACUUUUUAAGUUCAGUGAUGUGCAGUAAGGGUUACACACCAAUGGUUCUUUAAGAAAUUACCAAGUUCAUCUGUUAAAGUAAGGGCUGUAUUAUAUAAUUAUGUCAUAUAUCUAUAACAACAUUUCUAAAAGGCGCUGUUGCAAAAUAGCUUCCAUAUUCAGUGAGUAUGACUUUGUAGCAGAAUAACCGGUAACUAUUGUGUCAUGCCUCCUACCUUUAAAGCAUAAAAGUGGCUGGGUAUUGAGGCCCUGCCAGGAAGGGGGGGUCCCAUGUCGCCUGUCUGAAUUUUAAAACAUCUCGUGUCGGUGUUUAUAAAUACUUGUCGCUUAUUGUGGGCUUUGCCGUCACUGACGCAAUUUGGCCAUGGGAGGGAGGUUGUCUCUUGUUGCGUUUUCAUUUUACGCGCUGUCGCAACUUUUUGGGCCAUGUGGCUUGUCGGAAUUUACACUAGCAGGGCCUCGGUAUUGAGGAGUUGCCUUCCUUUGUAUUUAUAGGCGCUUUCCAACAGUCGAGAGGCGAGCAGUGUUGCAUCAGGAAGGAAAUGUUUUGACACAAAUUCCUAGUGAUGAAGAGCUAUGUGAUUCAGUACUGAAAGAGCUAGGGUCAAGAAGGAACCUUGCUGCUGGUUUAGAAGAGGUUUGUGAUGUUGCUGGUAUCAGCUUUAAGGAAAUGCAAAGGAAGCUUUUUUUACCAGUCAAGUCAGCUUUUUAACUCAACUGCACCUUCAAAACUCCCCAUUUGUUUGUUUCCAGGGCAAUUUGAGCUGGUGGUAGGGUCUUUUUCAGCCAGUAAAAUUAGCCAGCAGCCAGCUCUUAUACAGGGACAUCCCUGCAGCCUUGAUGUAGGCCCAGGAGCCCAUCAAAUGGAGCCUCCAUCUCCCAUACAAGCCCUUGGAGUCAACCCUUUUGCGAGUAGAUUUAUAAUUAGAAUGGUUCCCAGAGGAGACUUCGCACACAGACAGUGGGAAGAGCCAAUCACAAUGAGGAAAUGACAUUGCUAUUGUACUUCAUCAAACAGCAGGAAAUUUAUUGUUAACAGGCCAAACACAGUCAUAAGCUAGUGAAACAAGACUUAAGCAUUUUCAUCCCUCAGAGAUUUUCUUUCUUUUCUUUCAGCCGUUAGAUUAUACUGUGGAGAGUUUUAAACUCUGACUGUGUUAAUCUUAAUUAUUUUUGGCUGCUUGUCUCACAUUAAGAGGCCAUGAAGCUGGUCUGUUCUAUGCAUAAUGAUUAACUACUUCCCGCAGUCUGUAGUUGUGACAGGAUUCAUUUUCUUUAGCCAAUUGUUUUAAGCAUUAAGGUUCUUAUUUUGGCUAAAUGACUCAAUAUUAAUCAAAUUUCUAGUUUUUCAAGUUUUGUUUUCUAAAAUGCGCUUUUCUGAAAAAGUACUUGUAGUCCUUGAGGUUGUUUUGUCCGUCAGCUAGUGUGAUGAUUCCCUUUUAUGUUUUGUAACACUGGGCCCAGCUAUUUAACAUUGUUUUCUUGCGAAAAGUGAUCCACAGAUGCGAAUUUGAAGGAAAGCGUUGAGCUUAAACUUCUACAUUAACUGCUGAGAAUUGUCCCGUUAAUCAGUCAUAAUUCUUUUGGCACAGACACGAUCCACUUUGUUUUUCUUGAGAUAAGUGGGUCUUUGACUGGAGCGUGAUGUCACAAAUUCCCCCAUGAGCAAAUUACUUUUGAGUUAGCUUCACAGUCGAGUGACUGUUCUCUUCUGUUCAACUUUUCAAGGGCCACUUUUAUUGGGCAACACUCAUGGUAAUACAAGUCAGUUGUAACGGAAGACUGCAAUUUCUCAAAUUUCGGAACUAAAGCAUUCCUCUUUAGUAGCUACCUAGGUCAUCGAUUUUGCGCGCGGUGCUUAACAGCACUGGCGGAAUCCACUCCAUGGUGAUGGCAAAAAUCAAAUGAUCCUGGCACUUUUUCUGCACUGAUCUUCAAAAAGUUCCAAAUCGUUCACAGAACGCUUAAUCGUUGACUCUUUUCGAAGUGCCUGCUUACAUUUGGGAUGUAUGAUAGCCAAAAAAAAAGACUCGCAAAGAUAACCUUUCCGUGAUUCUCACUUUGCUGCAUUUGUCCCAUUGCUUCAUGCUUAGUCUCAGCCGGGUAAUUCAUGAACUUUUAUUUCAUGAUACCCAGAUCCCAGUGGCUGUAAAAUCGUAAAAAUGGACACAUAGUUAGUAAUAAAGGAAAACAGACGAAGGACAGGCUUCUGAGUUCGACUUCAUCCAACUUUAUUAUUUUCACAGUGACAUACCGUCGAGACUCAGGGAAAUAUGACACUUUUCACGGGAAACAAGCCAUUCUAUUUAUAAAUCUACCUGGCAAAGGGUUGACUCAAGAAAUUAAUGGAGAUGGAGACUCCAUUUUGAUGGGCUCCUGACCAGUCUAAUGUCUAACAUAGUAUGGCUUUGUUCAUCACAUAAUAACCUAGUGUGGCUUCGAUACUGAUGAUUGCAUGUAUGGUAAUAAAUGUGUAGCGAAAUAAUCUGAUUAUCCGACACAUUUUUUUAAAAAAUUAAAGUAGUAUCACCUGAUAUCUAUCUUUCAACCAGUAUUCCCAAUUUUAAUGUCAUUCAUGCAAAUAUGUAAAUUAAUUUGAAAAUUCCUUCUAUAUCAUGUACAAAAUUGCACCCGUUUUUUUUUCGUGAUAAAGCAGUGCACUGUUUUGUUUCUAGUUAAUAUCUAGUAAUCUGUUUUCUUUUAAGAAUAAAAGAUAAUGAGAUACUCAAUGUACGAUAUCAUCCUAUGUUGUGUAUUUCUUAUCGAAAAUUGCAGGUAUAUUGAACCGUUUUUAAGUGUAUUUUUUGACAUAGCCAUAUUUUACUCCAUGGCCGAGUUGAUUGACUACCGGCUAGCUGUAAUAUUAUCAGGCAUGGAAUGAUCCACAUCAGUUUCCACUAUUUUACGGAAAUCAGUCAGAUUUUUCACAAUAGAUAUACCGUUAAAUUCCGAAAAUAAGCCCCUCCAUGUAUAAGCCCCUCCAAAUAUAAGCCCCCCAAACUUGUAACGCCAAAAACCCUCCGUUAAAUCGCCCCUCCAAAUAUAAGCCCCCCGGGGGCUUGUUCUUGGAAAACUGCCCUCAAAUACAAAGUAAAACAAAGCAAAAAUGGUAAAUUUACUUCCAACUAUAAGGCUAGCCCAAUCGAUUCUGAAACGCAAAUUUCCUUCCGUAGAUAAGCCCCUCCGAAUAUAAGCCCCUCACAAAGGCCCUUUGAAAAAUAUAAGCCCCGGGGCUUAUUUUCGGAAUUUUACGGUAUUUUUGAUAAAAAAAAAACUUUCCAAGUUGCAAGGCUUCAUCUGGGGAGAAUGGGACUGGCCAACAUCCUGUCUGAGUGACUCAGAAACCCAGGAAAGGGGACUUUAGGGAGUUAAAAUCUAAAAAAUGUCCUGGGGAAGCAUGCCACUGGACCCCCCUAGAAGCUUGUGCCUUCAAUGCUUGUUUAGGAAAUCAGUCGGUAUUUAUGCUAGAUCCAUGCCUGUUGAUUGAAACUGAAAUCAGAGUAAUGGAGUUGAGUAACUAACCUAGGAAAAGCACAAUCAUCUGUCAAACAAUUCAGCAGUCAACUUGGCCAUUGUGUAUCUUAGGACUGGAUGGACUAAUAGGUUAUACCCAAUGUUGUACUUUAUUUUUAAUUACUGCCCUUGAAUUUAGUUUGACAGAGAUGUUGAUUCCUGUAGCAAGCUGGAACACAAGCCUGUCUAUGAAGUGAGGCUUAAAACAGGUUCCUUGUGGCCUGUUGUUGUCAUAGAAAAGGUAACAGUCUGCUACUCUGGGAACAUGUUUCUCCCUGUCAUCCAACACUAGGGCUCCUAAUAAGUUUGUAAAAGUUUUGUUUCCUCUCAUUGCAGUUUUUAAGACUGGAAAAACAAAUUUAAUAAAAAUUUCUAAUGAGUCAGUGGAGGAUCUGGGGGAGGGGUCCGGGGAACCUGGCUCCCCACCAUUCCUUGAGGCCAAACUGAGGUCUGCAGGUCCAAGAAAAAUUAUUUUUGAGACGGGGUUUCCCCUCUUACAUCUUAGGAACUGGAUGAGCGGGCCUGGCCCCAGACUUACUAAGAUCUGAUUCUGUCAAAGUGUUGAGUUAUCAAUGGCAUCUUGAUAUUUAAACCUGAGAAAACAAGAUCUGCUUGUUUUUUAAUACACCCAUCCAUGUUGGAAGAAGUUCUGUCCAAAUCUAACUUUUGAUUGCCGCACACUGAUUGCAUUUAUAGAGUUCAGUUGUGGGCAGAGGACCUACUUGUUUUCAAUAGCACAGUACAUCAAUUUGCUGAAUAAAUCAAUUGGUGGUAUUAAUUUGUCUAAUUUCAUUGUUUGUUUUUCAGUUUGGCUUGGUAUUUAUCUGCAUUCCACUGGUAGAAGCUGAUCUAUCACAUGCAAAUCCACCACUAGUAAAACUGUAAGUUAUUUUCAAAUAACAAGUAGAACAAAUUCAUUUUUUCCAGAUCAUGGUCACUGUAAAUAUUCUUCUUUGCUCAUUACAGACUGUAAUUAUUGGAACAUUUAUUUUAGAUGUUAGACUUGGUAAAAUUGCAAGUGACUGCAGAUUUAAAUUGAAAAAAAAAAAGCAGAAGUGGCCGUUUUGCUCUGGUAAGGAUACGUUUGCCAACUGUGAGUUAUUCAAGUGUCAAUCUUAAAAGAGUCAAGAAAGAAUGAAAUCUCUCCUUUAGUUCCAUGAUCAUGAGUUUCGGCUUAUGAUUGUCAUAAUGAGUUCGCGGAAGGAGAAAAAGAGAUUGGAAAAAAAUGUCUGAAUAUAGCAUCUCGGUCAGGAAAGUUUGUUUUAUGUGAAAACGUAAUAAUUUUUUUGCAUUUGUUAUGUGAUUUUAUAAAGGCCUGGUGUUUCCUUGGGAUACUCUCUACUUCAUUCAAUAAUGGACUUCAUUGGCAACUGGUCUUCUAAAGAACAGGUUGGUAGGCUAACAGUACCGGUACUUCUUUAACCAACUCUGUCCCUCUUCCUCCAUAUAACUAACGCAAUUUGCAGUAUGAUAUCAAAUGAAUGCCGUCAAUAGUAGGCAGAAAAUUACUUAAGUGACGUUUAGUCAUAUUUUUUCUUGCUGGAAAACAACUGUCAGUGAAGAUAAUGCUUAUUUUAUUUCUAAUAAUGACUUAUUUCAGUUGCAGUCUAAAGUGUGUGAGUUAUACAAAGUUCUGUGUGCAGUUGCACCGUUUGGGACACCAGUUGAUACAAACUUUAGCUCUAUUCAAGCUCUCAUUAACAACAAAGAUGUCAUCAUACCUCAAAAAGGCAAGGUAUGUAGCCAGUGUGACUAGAUGAUUUCAGUACUGUGUGCGAAUAUUAAGUUUUUGGGUGUCUAGAAAACGACGACCUAGAAAACGAAGACCUACGACCCAUAAAACACUGACCUAGAAAGCAACAGCCUAGGAAACAAAAAUCUAGAAUGCUCAGCUUUCCUUAUAUACGCAUUUACUCACAACCAUUGACUAAAUUCUGAAUGGUACAUUUCAGGGCCAUUGACAAAAUCUGGAUCAGACAGGAUUGUUCAAGCCCUUUUGUCAUUAAGUAUAAAAAUACAUGGGUUUGAUCCUAUCGGACCAGACCUGGGUUUUGUUCAGUGAUGGCUUCAUCUCAGUGAUGAAUCAAAUGAUGACUAUUUGCCCAGCGAUUUAUGUCGAUAAGCCUCAGAAACCUGUGUUGAAAACAUUUCACUACUGUGAUAAAAUACAAUUCACAGCCAAUUAACCAAGCAUAGGAUUCUAACCAAGGAACUGUGAUAAAUAAGGAGAGCAGAAGCUUGUUGCUCGCCCCUCCAGCUCAGUAAGACGCUGCCACAGGUAGGAUCAAAUUCAAGUCUACAUUCCUGCAUUCAAAAGUGAAUUUUUCACAAUAACUUCUCUGUAUUCGCCAGAUUGACAAAUAUUUGAAUGGAGUACGUGGCUAUGACUCUAAAACCAUUUUCAAGAUGGAAAACAAAGGUUGUAAGGAGGUCCUUAGCCACGAGACAAGUCAUGUGAAGGCCUAAUAAUAACAAGCUUUUCUGUAUGACCAAUUUUGCGAGACAAAUUUUUUACAGUAAACAUUUUAUGACCAAUGUUUAAAAAUUCUUAUUGGCUGUUUUACUACUAACAGUUAAGCCUACUGAAGCGGAUUCUUUUUUAAAAAAUUGAACUAUAAUAAAAUUUGACUUCACAGUUCAACUUCCUUUACUGGGUCAUCAUUUUCUAGGUCAUCGCUUUCUAGGUCGUUCUUUUGUGUUCUACUAUUUCUACCUCUAUAACCAAGUGAAAAAUCAAUUUUACUUACCUUUGUAGCAACCUGCUUGGAAACCAGUCCAGCACAAAGGAAAGCAACACCUUAUGUUUAAUGUCAAAGAAGAGAUCCGAGCUGCACAGGUAUAUACAUUUUAGUAUUUAAUACCCACUCUUUGUGAACCUUCUGGUAGCCUGCGGUGCAGGAGCUUGGAAGUAGUGGGCGAAAGAGAGAACGGACGCGCGCGAGCGAGACACGCAAGGGGCGUGUCUCCUUCUCACGCGCACGUUUUUUCUUGUGCCCACUACUUCCACGCGCCUGCUACGCAGGCUAACCUUCUGGCCAUGUAUUGCUGUUGGGGCCUGACUAUUUGAGAAUAAGGCCCCCUUGUACUCCUUUUUUUUCACCACUGUUGUCUCUAAUAGUCCAGUUUCGAAUUAAAAAUUACCGCUGAACACAAACAUUAACGACAGAUUUAUACAGGGCUAGCCUCGACAUAAAGUAAAAUAUUUUUGAAAUUCCGGCAAGUAAGUGUUUGAAAUUUGAAUAGACACAAAAGACAGAGUGAUAAACAGGUCUUUUUCUCGCUGGAAUUUGUGAAUAUAUUUCUUCAGAUGGACGCUAACCCUGUAAAAAAUGUGUCUUCACUUCUUUUAUAGACUGCGAGCAGUCUCUCUUUUUAUUCAGAUUUAGUGAGAGCAAUGCACGCGCGCGGGAGCUGCGAAGCCGCGAGACGCGCGAAACGAGGGCGGCCUCAGUCACGCGUGUGGCCAUUUGCUUGUCUCGCGUUUUGCUCGACGGACUACAGAAAACAGAGAGACUGCUCGUAGUCUACUUCUUUUAUUCAGCCGUCAUAGUGAACUCGAAACUGGACUAUUGAGUCACCUAAUCAUCAUGACUAGGUUUAUGUGGUGUCCUCAAGAGGGGCAUGUCUGCAUUGGAGUUCAUGUAGUUUUGAAUAUUUAUUUAAUCUUAUACCUUCUAGGUCAUUAUUGCAACAAUUGUUUCAUCUUGACAUUUUCAUUGUCUUUUUCAGCAUGUUAAGAAAGAGUGUCAAGAUGAACGACAACUCUUCGGGAUCAUUAACUGUAGGGUAGGUUUUUGUUUUCUUAGUUCAGGAUGCAAGUUCAAGAUAAGAUCUGUUAUAAUAAAUAUUCAGACCAUGAGUGAAAUGCUACCUGUUUUACGUAUUCCUACUACAGUGCACAAUGGAGUUCGCCUUGAAUGUUAUUUCCAUGUUGCUUACCUGGAGACUAGCAGAUAUUUUUUUUUGUGUUCCUUCGCAUCACCAAGUACAACCAUAACGCCACCUUUGCCUCGAAGUUAAAUCCUCCUCCAUUCACCAUUUUCUUUCAAGCAGUAUACCAUACCAUACUGAACUGCUCCAGACUACCAUCUCCUCCUCAAGUUUGUAGAUCUCCGCCCUUGUCAUCAACAUCGCCUUCUCCUGUCUCAGUCCCUGUGUCGUCGUCAUUGCCAUCUUCAAGACGUUCGCCAUUUUCAACUUCCUCACCGUCUUCGACCUUGCCGCCUACCUUAUCAGCAUUUUCUCCGUCCUUCAAGUCGCCGCUAUCUUCAACGCAAGACCUCAUCCUUGCAGUUUCAUUACCUUUAUUAUGUUUAGCUGUUUUGCUGCCUUUAAUUUUACUUCACGUCCGCCGUCCAUUAUUUCCACGCAGUCAACCACCAACAUCAAACGACAACAUCAAACAUUUUUACUCCCCACACAGCACCGCCAUCAGCUAUUCCAUCAUCAUCAUCAACGCCACCGUCUUCGCCUCAACCAUCAGCAACACCAAUGCCUACUGGCAAAUUCUAUGAUAACAAUGUGCAAAGAUGUGUGAUGUAUUAUUAGUAGCAAAAUUUACUGGAAUUGCAUGCCGUGUUUAUUUCAAAAGUUAUAUGUAUGUUAAGUCUAUUAAGGUUCACACACAGUUUAUAAACUAUUUAUUGAUUGUCUUGAAAUUCAGACCACGGUAUGUACACAGCAUACAAAAUCGCGACAAAUGUGAAAACAUACACAGUUCUUUAUUAGGAGAAACUUAUAACAUGUUAUUUUUUUGAAUAACAAUUCGAAAGAAUCAGUCUUUGAAUAAUGUACAUUAGCAACAGUCAGUUCCCAUUAAUACCGGUCAGUUUGGUCUAGCUUGUUAUACCUAUCAUUUCCAUUUUUCCUAGCAAAAAAAGGAAAUAACGUUUGUGGUCGCUACUUUCGGAGGGACGUUAUUUUCGGGGGAUCGCUACUUUCAGGAUAUAUUAUAGAGAGAGAAAACUGAUUCUAAUAAAACCCAUAAAAAGGCUAUAAAUCGGCUCAGAAACCACACAGUAAAGAAGAACAACCUAAGCGAGGUUAGCCGAUUUUUAUUUGAUUCCUUUCAUAUUCGUAGGCUACAGAAACAAUCGCUUUCUCCCAUACAAAUCCUUAUAUUUCGAACAUUUUGAAACACUGUCAUUUUUCGAGCGUGGGCCACCUGUGUUUGCAUGAAUUUUUUUUUCACUGCUGUUGCCUGUGCAGGAUUUUUUUUUUUGGCGGGGGGCGGGGAGGAUUUUCCACUGCCCCAACCUUAAUCUUGACACUCCCCACAAUCUGAAUGCCUGAAACAGGAACUGUCACAAGGUACUUUUGUUUUUCAGAAUUUUACAAAAUGAAAGUUAAUUUUUUUUUGCAGUUUUGACUUUGGCUAUCUGUUAAUUUUAACAGCGUUGUCUAGUCUAGACUUUCGAAAAAGGCCUUCGUCUUCGCUCGGUCGGCCUCUCCGCGGUCUAACAAGUUCGCUUCGUGCGCUUAGCUUUUCUGCUGAGAAUCUCGUGAGGUCGACUUGAGGGCAAGUCUACGUCCAGUCCAGAGUAAUGUGCAACUUGCAUUUCCGGUGAUUUCAAGGCGGAUAUUUUUUUGCUAAAAUUAAAAGUUUUCUUUUCUUUCUGAUGGGUGGAAUGCCCCAAAGAUCAUAUCAUAGUGGUCACGGGUGUGACCACGAUGACUGUUUUUAAAAAACAAACAAACACUGUCCAGAUGUCUAGUGCAAAACAAACAACGAGAAGUCAGUGUGCGCGCGCCUACUGACCUUGCGCGAUAUUGUUUUGAGCGACUUAUUUAAACUUGUAAACUCUGUUAUAUGCGGAUAAUAGCAUAGCGUCGGUGCUGCGAUUCGGCUUUUGAAAAAAUGUAACUGAACUUAAAGUGUAAGAAAAGGAAUCAUAAAUAGAGUAGACUGCAAAACAGUCAGUUUUCAAAUUAUUUUGCGAUCCUUUGCGCGAAGCUCGCGUGCCUCUUACGUAGCGCGCGUAAUGUAAAGAUAGCGAUCAGCACACGAUUGAUCGAAAAACUAACUUUGUCAUUAUUACUAACCUUUAGAACACAAUCUAGGUAGCUUUUUCUUUACGUUGUCGAGUCUUCUCCUUUCACCUAAUUCCCUUGUCCCGCGUAAAUAGGGCGAAUCUUUCGAUUUCGGCUCCUAAACUUCGAAGGUAUAUUUAACGGUUAAUUUUAGCAGUGUUGAUAGUGCAAGUUUUAUUUAAUGGUCGUUUAGAUAACAAAAAGAAAAGAAGAAGAAGAAGAAAAGAAAACGUUCGUCGGUCGGCGAGUCGAACCCGCACUACUGUAACUCGCCGGUUCCCGUAGCCCGCGCGUCAACCACUUGCGCCAUCGAAGACUCAACGUCUAUCAGUGUUAUUUUUUUAAAAAAGUAGCUUGUUUCAGACGAACGAGUAGCCUCCCACGCAGGGGUUUUUAGGGGAGCUCGUCUUUGGGGAGGGAUGAAAAACGAGCUCCCCUAAAAACGCCUGCGUGGGAGGCUAACGAACGAGUGGCGGCUGUGCGACGCUUCGCUGAUUUCAUUUUUCAAGAUAACAAAAGGUUUCUUUUGUUUCUCGUUCGACUAAAGACCUCAAACAGCGCCGCUGAGUUGUCUGCGUACGUUUUUGCUGGAAAACGAAGCGCAAACCAGCGAAAAAAAGUACAGUGCUAAGGUGUUAUAUUAAAUUGGAGACCACUUGCAAAAAUUCAGCUCAUUUGGACGAGAAAAAAAAAGACAUAGAAUGGUUACGCCCCGAUUUGCUGGUGAAAGUGAGAGACAGUUUCGUUGGUGGCUGACUUUUAGGAAUUUGUUGGUCAAUGCUUGAUUUUACUUCUAGUCAAGUGUCACAUGCACACGUCAUUGCAAGCUUGGAUCUAGGGUGAAUACAGACAGAUUUCCUAAACUAGCACCGAGGGCGCAAGCUUCAAGGGGAGUCCGGGCAUGCUCCCGCAGGACGUUUUUGGAUUUUCACUCCCUGAAGUCCCCUUCCCUGGGUUUCUGAGUCAUUCAGACAGGAUAUUGGCCAGUUCCAUUCUCCUCGGAUGAAGCUUUGCAAAUCGGCGGAUGAUUUCAUCAAGGUGAAUUUCCAUGUUUGUAGGGGAUAUGGCGCAAGAUUACAACUUGGAAAUUUUUUUUAUUAAAAAUUUAUUUAGAGUGAGAAAUCUGACCAAUUUCCGUAAAACAGUGCAAACCGGUGUGAAUCCACGCCUGCAGUGAGUCAUCUAGGAUAUAGAAAUAAUUAAGCCUAAAUCCAACAAUCAAUUUUUCACCAGGCAGAUUUGGAAGGUAUCCCAGAAAUCACAGCAAACAUCACCUCUUUGUCCCUGGAUUUCCUUGUGGUCCACCCCUCUGUUCUAGAGGGAGACACUCAUGUCCAGGCUCCCUCUUUUCAGCCAUCACAGUUGCUCAAGGGGCCUGAACUAAUGGGAAGAAAACUAAGAUUCAGGCCUCCUACUGAAUCCUUCCCUCUGUGUCACUAUUCUGCAAAGACACCCCAUGGUUUGCCUGUCCAAGGGAUAUAUCAGAUGCAGGUAAGAGAAUCGUAUUGAGUGCAAUGGCUGUUGAUUGGCUCGCCUCUCCAGUAGUACAGUCUGACUUCCUUGAUAUGAACAUUUAGGGGACAAGACCAAGAGGUUUGAUUAUCAGAUGCAACUGAGGGAGACUCAAUCAUCUUAUCUGGACUUGUCCUCUUAGAGGUUGCAUGUGAGACAAGGUCAUUGUUGUGUCACGUUGCACGGUGGGACUGUGUUUGGGGGACAAAAUUUGACCCAUUUUCCAGCACAGUGUUGUAAUAGGCAAUAAAAGAAUAGCCUGAGUGUCAGGCGUUUCUGGGGAAACAAUGAGCAACGAGAAUUGCGAAAUGCCCCCUCAAAUACGGCAGUAUCAAAUCUCCUGUCUUCUCACCUCUAAGAAAGGCUUGACACACAGCUGGCUUAUGAAAGAAGUGAUAGCAUACCCAUAACAGUCCCAUAGGACAAAUGAACCCAACACGAAAACCUCAAUUCCAAUUUCCCGAAAGUCUCACUUUCAAAACGAGGCUAAGUAGAAAACAUUUCUUGUGAAAAUGAGCGCUUUGAUUUAGCCUCGCUUUGAAACAGAGGCUUUGGGCAACUGGGAAAAUGGCCUAUUCACCAUUUUCACAUAGACCAUAAUGCAGCUUGUUUACCCCAUAAUUUUACAUAACCACUGUUUCCAGUUUCUCCUGGGUAUUACAGUCGUCCCAAGAGAAAUCGAAGACAAUGGUUACGCAAAAUUCUGGGUGGUAAACAAGCUUCAUUAUGGUCUAUGUGAAAAUGGUGAAUUGCAGAAAACAACCAAGGCAUUUCAGUCAAAAUGCUUUUUUUGACUGUGGGUUCGGAGCUAGGGCGUCACCCAGGUUAGUAGCUUGGAAACCGCGGUCCGUAACAUUAAGGGUAGUCCAGCGUAACCACUUAUAAUAUCCAAUAGUAGAAUUCAAACUUUAACUGUUAAAACAGAUCUUUUGUUUCUAUCCAGGGUGAUGGAAAUUCAGUACAGGUGUCUGUCCAGUUAAAACUCAGCACAAAACUGAAAAAUUCCUUUGAGUAUUUUGAGGUGCAUCUUCCGUUCUUUCACAGGUUUGUUAUUUUAGAUCUAAAUCUCCAUCUAGAUUACAAGUGCAAGAUAGUUUCUGCCAUAGUACAGCGAAACAAGUACGUUAGCACAUCUCUCCCGCGAUAAGAUCGAAUACAAUACGCGGUUUCGCGGGAAAAGAUAUCACGCAAGCACGAGAACAAAACAGGGAGAUUUUGAAUCGCUUUUAUGGCAAACGGCAAACUUGUACCAUGCGACCAUGUUUUCCUUUACUUGUUGUUUACUGUUCAAUAUGUCUUCACAAUGAUAAUUUUCGUGUCAGGUUUAUCCAGAAUUCUCUUGCAAAGUUUUUGUCCGUUCGUUUUGAGGAAUUAUAGCCUGAAUGUAAUUAUUAAGCCCCGUGGUUUUUCUUUCCAGGCUGUCCUGCCACUAGAAAAUUUGAGACUUAUCUUGGCGGUAAUCUGAUAAAUAAAUCCAUUGUCAACCAGAAUCUUACGCUUGCGUGAUUUAAAUCUCUCUAAUAUCUCCCGCAUCUCUUCCGCGCAAAUAGCAAAGAGCGAGGCACGCGAGUACCAAUGUCUUUCGAUGGAAGACGCGAUGGUUGACGCAUGCCUCUUUCACGCGCUAAGAUAUCAGACUUCGUUUUUUCUAAGCUAAAUGGUUCAGGACUAAGGAGUUUAUUGCUAUCAGAUUACCGACUUCUUUGGCUUAAAGACUGGUUUUUAUUAUUAUUAUUUUUACUAUUAUUCCCUAGAGGCCCCGUUGUACGAGUAGAUUCCGCGGGUCCCUCAACUGGUAGCAUGCUACUUUCUCCUGACAAAAGGCGCCUUGUAUGGGACGUAGGCAAGUGAUGCAGACUACGACACUAUUUUAUCGUAGGCGUAAACUGAUUAAAAUACCACAAUUUGCAGGUUGAAAAACUUAGCUGAGCGUCAACUGCAAUACGCAUCAACUCAUAAUUAUGUACUGAUAUACAUCGGCAGUGUAUCAAAAGAUUGAAUGUUUACCUAAUUUGACGUAAAAAGUGGCAGUUUUAGUCGCAAAACUGCAAUAGAAAGGAGUAGUUUUAAUAGCGGGCAAAAAUAGUAAUGGCAGCUUAGAACACAAGGCUCGUUUAUGUAAGGAAAGGAAUACUAACAUCGCCCCUUGUCAGUUUCUAACGAUGUUUGCUUUGCUUGUCGGCGUUUGAUGUUUUUCUUCUGUACUCUUCUGUGCCGCUCACUAAGCUGAAGCGAGGUAUUUCAGCGUAGCUAUAGAUCUGACGCACCUGGCCGUAAAAUCAGAACAGUUCUUUCUUAUUGCCUCUAGGUCAGAAGUUUCCCUCCAAGACGCUCGAAGCCUCACUAAAUGCUACUGUUCACUUUGGCGAGAAAAGACAACAGGCGGCCGAGAAUCAGCCGAUUGCAACGGGAUUUAUUGAGGAUCCUUUCUGUACCGGGAUCAACAGUUAUGCGCAGGUCUGUGAACAUGGUAAAGUACUCUAACUCUUGAGCAUCGUUCACACAGCACCGGACUAAUUUUCGACCAGUUGAAAAUUCGUGCGUUUAGGUGUUCCGUUCACACGGAAUCACCUUUUUCGUACGAAAAUUAAGACGCCUAGCCGUUCAAAGUUCCGUGUGAACAGAGCCAAAAAAAUUAAAAGGUCCCGUGUAAACAGUGUCCGCGGUAAAAGUUUCGUUAGCGGGUCGAAAAUUCGUCCGGUGCUGUGUUAACGUAGCCUUGCACCCAGUUCAAACGUCCCAUUUCAUAUGUGUCGAAUUUAAUGCUAAUGAGACAAAUCUAUUUUUAUCGCUCAUUUGCAUUAGAUUGGUACACCUGAAAUGCGACGUUUGAACCCUAAAGGGCCUGUUUACAUGGAGGUGGGGGACUCCAGGUAGGUGAGGUAACCCCCUUAGGUGGGGUAACUCGCCUGUCCAUAUAAUCUGUCAUUUUAAUUUGGUCACGUCUACAUGAUAGGUGGGGUAACCCGCGACAUGUUACCUCACCUAUCUGGGGUCCCCCACCUCCAUGUAAACAGGCCCUAAGGCCUAGGCCAAACGUCGAACUUUUCAUGAGGCGAACCAAAGUCUAAUUUCGUUCGAUUUAAAUUAAGUUAAGAUCGUUUGUUGUGUUAGACGUCGAACUUAGGAUGCGCCGAACCAAUCAAAUGAAUCAGAUCAGUGAUAAGUUCGUAGAAAUUUUUAAUUUAUUAGUUUAGUUCGGAGUCCAAUGUGAAGAUCAACGUUUGUCCCGGAGACGAUCUUAAGACUUUCUAUCCGUCUGAAGUAGACGGAUAGAACCUGUUGGACGAUCCAAACUCAUAUAACUGAACCAGACUUCGAACUUUUCAUGAACUUAACUCACUAAAGGUGCGUAAAAACUGGCAACAAAAAACGUGCAACUUGUCGUCCAACGUUGCUGCAGAACAAGUUGAAUAGCGAUGUUUCACGUUUUACUAGUCACGUUCAAACUUGUUAACAACCUGAUUUGUUGCAAGACAGGUUUGAUGUGGGUGAUAAAAAGCGCAACAUCGCUAUUCAACUUGUUCUGUAGCAAUGUUGCAAGACAAGUUGAACGUUUUUUUGUUGCCCGUUUUUACGCACCCUAAGUUUGGUUCGUCUCAAGAAAAGUUUGAUAAUUGGCCUAGGCCUAAGAGUUAUAUUGCUUUAAUGCUGUGCGAGGUGAUUCUAACUUUUGAGUCUGUGUGUGAAAUCCUCCGGGUGGGGGGAAGUUAAGAAGAAGACAAGGCAAAAUCGCCGUCUGGUGUUUACUCCCUCCACAGAACGUCACUCAAGGGAAUUUCACGUCGUAGUCGUGCUGGUCCCGGUUGUCCAAACGUUAGAUGGCGCUAUCCACCGGAUAAAUUACUAUCCAGCGGGUAAGUAUUUGGGAAAUCAAUUACGCCAUCCGCUGGAUCAGAUUUAUCCGGUGGAUAGCGCCAUCCAACGUUUGAACAACCGGGGUAGGAAGUGUACAAAAAGUGUGUUGCACGUGCAAAGCUGUUGUUCUGUUUAUUAAACCUAAUAAUAAUUAUUCUUUAUUUCGCGUUGGGGUUGCUUUAGCUCUCUUUUUUAAAUCACUAUUCUCUUUCUUUUUUGUUUCGAUUCUGGCAGGUAUUUUUUAAGAUACAAGACUUCACAAUGUCAGGAUGUGCUAUAGAUCCAAGAUCUUUGGUUGUUUAUCCUAGCGGGAAGUACAAGUUAACUAUAAGUAUGUUUUCUUCCAUUGUUCAAAAUAAAAAGUAUACCCGUCCCGCAUUCCUGUGAACAAAAGCAGCAGCUCGAUGCUCGAGUUUUAAAAUCCAGUCGACUCGCGGUAACUCGAACACUCCAUAACUCGAACCUCCCGCUAGCUCGAAGCAAUUUUCAUUUCCCCUCAGAUCGUUUUCUAUAUAAUUUUACCCUCGAUAACUCGAACCCCUGAUAACUCGAACAUUUUUCUAUUUCCCUCGAAGGUUUGAAUUAUCGGGAGUCGACUGUAGGCCAUUUCCAAGUUCUAAAAACCCCUCUAAAUGCAAACUAUUCAUGUGAAAAAGAGUUUUAUGCGAAUGAGAUUUUUUAAUUACAUGUAUUUUCUUUCCUAAGGCUAUUUUUUUUCAAUUUUUCCCGCAGCGUACGAGUUUUCAACUGCGGACUACAAAAUCUGGAACACCAAUGGCGAUGCCCUGUUCGCCUUUCCUCCUCCAGCGAUAAACUCCUAACGAUCACCAACUAUAAUUUCAAAGUUUUGUUAAUAAUUUAUUUCAUAACUAGAUAAAAAAUUAUUACUGGUGUACAAGUGUUAAUCAAGUACAGUGGAAGCUCUCGUAACGGACACUCACCGCUCGUAAAAAGACAGGUCUACUUACGGCCACGUUCAUGACAAAACCUCGUCUUCCUCAACUCCCAUACAAACUCUGUAUUCUUACAUUCUCGUAAGCGGCCAUCUCCAGUUACGGGCCCUUUUUUGGAGUCCUGGCGGUGUCCGCUUAUGAGAACUUCCACUGUAAUUGCGUUUGGGUAUCAAAAGUAUUACGGCUGUUUCGCGAUAUGACUUAGGCUAAGUGAUUGAUCUCGCGGCACUUUGCCAGCUAAUCUAUAGGCUCUUUCGAUAAACACCAUAAUACUCUUUGAUGCGCCGAGUUAGCCUGGUAUUCGGGAGGAUCCACACGUGCUGGGUAUUAACUUUUCCACAAUUUUGCAAAGUGUAGAAAUGUAAACGUGGGCUUGAAUGUGGAUGGUAUUGCGUUCAGGAGCCUACUACUCUGAAUUGAAACGAAGAACACUGCAAUAAUUGCAUCCAGGUGAGGAUAAGAGUAUUAUGGUAUUCGUCGGAGAGGCAACAAAACUAAUCAUAACUUAUGGCCACACUUAUGACGCGAGACGCGGGAAACGAGGGCGCCCGUCUCGCGCCUUCAGUCACGAGCGCAGUCUACAAGCUGUCUACGAUCUUGCAUCUGUUUGUUUUAGUUACUUUGGUUUGGGUCAAAAUGGCAGUCGAUUAAAAAUGCGAUUAUCGUGAAUUGGCACACAUAGACAAUGAACG